CGUAGUUUCCUUCACAGCUGAGGUCAAGCUGUCAUAAGUCGCCGACUCGCAAGCCCGACAAAACGGUCUAAAACAUGAAGAUCUGGACCUCCGAACACAUAUUCAACCACCCAUGGGAGACGGUGACCAAGGCGGCAAUGCAGAAGUACCCCAACCCGAUGAACCCUGGCGUGGUAGGGGUGGAUGUGUUGAACAGACACGUGGACACACAGGGCCGGCUAUACAGCAACAGACUGCUCAGCACAGAAUGGGGACUUCCCUCCUUGGCCAAGACUCUCAUUGGUAUAACACGAACAAACACAUACAUCCAGGAACAUUCGGUGGUGGACCCCAAGAAAAAAACCUUUGAGCUGCAAUCUACAAAUAUUUCAUGUACUAACAUAGUAUCUGUGGACGAGAAGUUAACAUACAGGCCGCAUCCGCAGGAUCCCGAAAAGACCAUACUGACACAAGAGGCACUUAUCUCUGUAAAAGGAAUUAGUCUGAGCAGUUACCUAGAGGGGCUCAUGGCCAAAACCAUCUCAGCAAACGCAGGCAAAGGACGAGAGGCGAUGGAGUGGGUCAUCAGGCGGUUAAACACUGAGAUCGAGGAGCUGGCAGCAACGGCACAAGCCACAAUCCGCAUCCCCAUGGCAGCCGCAGUCACAGAGAAAUGAUCAACCGCCAUCUCAAUGGACCUCAGACAUUUCCCCUGAAAAGGGAGACCACCCCCCUAAUCUUCCAGCACAGCCGCCUCCUGUAUUGGCCCACUGUUUUUCUGUCACAAGAACGCAUCCUUCCCUCAGCGGACUGCCCAUACAAGCAGGGUGCACGCUGUUCGGUACACAGAGUGAAGCUGAUGACAGCAUGCAGCGUUCGUAACCAAGUGGGAGGUGGGAAUUUACCAGUUGUGAGGUCUUAAAUACAUUUACAUUUUAGUCAUUUAGCAG